CUGCGUCAGAGGAACGCAAGACCGCCCCGUGCCCACAACGUUUGGUGGAUCAUUCCCACACAGUUUUCCCACAGGGAUGGAGCAACUACAGCCCAUGUGUGGAGUUAAACGGAGAUACUUCCAUACAGCACAAAUGGCUGCGAGUUUCGGCAGAACAACUUGUGCAUUUAUAUGGUUGGUUAUGGUUCUUUCAGCCGCUCGAGUAUAUCCACCGAACGAAGUAACAUUACUGGACACAAGGACAGUUCCUGGAGAAUUGAAAUGGGCAGCCAGUCCAACAGAAGGAGGGUGGGAGGAAGUUAGUAUCAUGGAUGAGAAGAACGUACCCAUCAGAACGUACCAGGUGUGUAACGUGAUGGAGCCCAGCCAGAGCAACUGGCUCAGAACCGACUGGAUCCCUCGGUCUGGGGCGCAGCGUGUCUACGUGGAAAUCAAGUUCACCCUCCGCGACUGUAACAGCCUGCCGGGAGUCACUGGAACCUGCAAAGAGACCUUUAACCUCUACUACUAUGAGUCUAACAACGACAGAGAGCACUACAUUAGAGAGAACAACUUCCUCAAGAUCGACACAGUGGCAGCAGACGAGAGCUUCACCCAGGUGGACAUCGGGGACCGCAUCAUGAAACUGAACACGGAGGUGCGUGACGUCAAGGUCACAAGCCGGAAGGGUUUCUACCUGGCUUUCCAGGACGUCGGCGCCUGCAUCGCCCUGGUCUCCGUACGCGUCUUCUUCAAAACCUGCCCGCUUACCGUCCGCAAUUUAGCGACCUUCCCAGAUACCAACACAGGGGCUGACACUUCCUCAUUAGUGGAGGUCAGGGGGUCGUGUGUGAAUCGAUCCGAUGAGAGGGAGGAGCCUAAGAUGUAUUGUGGCGCAGACGGGGAAUGGUUGGUCCCCAUUGGUGGGUGUAUCUGUAACCUGGGAUUCGAGGAGAUAAACGGAGCCUGUCAGGCGUGUAAGGUUGGUUUCUACAGGGCAGUGUCUACAGACGGAGCGUGUUCUAAGUGUCCUCCACACAGUCACUCGGAGAAGGAGGGAGCUUCUGUCUGUGACUGCAACCCGGGAUACGAUCGCUCCGAAAAUGACCCUGCAUCCAUGUCUUGCACACAACCACCCUCUGCUCCACAGCAGCUGAUCUCAGAAGUCAACGAGACGUCUGUGGUCCUGGAGUGGAGCGCUCCCCUGAGUCUCGGAGGGAGAUCGGACAUCAGCUACAGUGUGGACUGUUGGCUCUGCCACGGACCUGAGAGUCACACUGGGAAUCAAACUUGGAUUGGGAAUCAGUCCGGGAGUCAACUUGGAGAGGCUGAGAGCCUUGGAGGUCCCGAGGGGCCUCUCGUGGGUCAGCUCUGCCUGCCCUGCAGUCAAGAUGUCCUGUUCUCCCCACAGCAGAGUGGCCUGAGGACCACCAGGGUGUGCGUGAGUGAGCUGCAGGCACACACGCGUUACACCUUCACCAUCCACGCCCACAACGGGGUCUCCCAGGGGCUCACUGCAGGGGCUGGACAGAGUGUGUUUGUCACUCUCACCACCAACCAGGCCGCUCCCUCCUCGGUUACGUCCAUCCAGGCCAGUGACGUCACAAGGCACGGGGUGUCUUUGGCAUGGCAACAGCCUGACCGACCCAACGGGGUCAUCCUGGAGUACGAGGUCAAGUACUACGAGAAGGAUCAGAAGGAAAGGUCCUACCGCGUCAUGAAGAUGGCCUCCCGCAGUGCUGACAUCACAGGGCUGAGUCCGCUCACUGUGUAUGUGUUCCAGGUCCGCGCCCGCACAGCCGCGGGUUACGGAGAGUUCAGUGCCCCUUUUGAGUUCUCCACUAACUCAGAUCCCUUGCCUCUGAUUGGCGAUGCCACUAACUCCACCCUGCUCCUGCUGUCAAUCAGCGGGGGUGUGAUCCUGCUGCUCAUCUCCACCACAGUGUUCAUCAUCAGCCGCAGGAGGGGUAAAUACAGCAAAGCCAAGCAGGAGUCUGAGGAGGAGAAACACCUUAACCCAGGGGUGAAGAUCUAUGUGGACCCGUCCACAUAUGAAGAUCCCGACCAGGCGGUCCAUGAGUUUGCUAAAGAGAUCAAUGCUUCCAGCAUCCACAUAGAGAAGGUGGUUGGCAUUGGAGAGUUUGGGGAGGUGUGUAGCGGCCGUUUGCGUCUCCAGGGAAAGAGGGAGAUCUACGUGGCCAUAAAGAGUCUGAAGGCAGGAUACUCUGAAAAGCAGAGGCGGGACUUCCUCUCAGAGGCCAGCAUCAUGGGACAGUUUGACCACCCAAACAUCAUCAGACUGGAGGGCGUGGUCACACGAUGUAAACCAGUGAUGAUCAUCACAGAGUUCAUGGAGAAUGGCUCCCUGGAUACCUUCCUGAGGAAACAUGACGGUCAGUUCACGGUGAUCCAGUUGGUGGGUAUGCUGCGGGGCAUCGCGUCGGGCAUGAAGUACCUGUCUGACAUGGGCUACGUCCACCGAGACCUGGCCGCCCGCAACAUCCUGGUCAACAGCAACCUGGUGUGUAAGGUGUCUGACUUCGGCCUGUCACGAGUCCUCCAAGAGGACCCUGAGGCUGCCUACACCACCAGGGAGGUGACUGGGACCUACCAUUCUCCUGGGGGGAAGCUCCCCAUCAGAUGGACUGCUCCAGAAGCCAUCACCUACAGGAAGUUCACUCCAGCCUCUGACAUCUGGAGCUACGGCGUGGUCAUGUGGGAGGUGAUGUCCUAUGGAGAGAGACCAUAUUGGGACAUGAGUAACCAGGAUGUGAUAAAAGCCGUGGAUGAGGGCUAUCGCUUGCCUCCCCCUAUGGACUGUCCCGUCUGUCUACAUCAGCUGAUGUUGGACUGCUGGCAGAGAGACAGAACACACCGGCCCAGUUUCAUACAGAUCCUCAACAUGCUGGAUAAACUCAUCCGCAACCCCACCAUCACUCUGAGAAGGACGGGAGGGGAGAGGCCUAUAGUUCCCUCUCUGCUGGAGCCUGUGGGCCAGGGGUUUGUGUCCAUGUGGUCAGUAGAAGACUGGCUCCAGGCCAUAGGGAUGGACAUGUACAGAGACACCCUCACUGCUGCAGGAUACACCAGCCCUGACAGACUAGUAACCCUCACACACCAGGACUUGGCCAGUAUUGGAAUCAUCACACCGUCCCACCAGGACCAGAUCCUUGCCAGUGUGCAGCCAGUAAUGCUGUCCCACAUGCAACAAAUACAGGAACAGAUGCAAGACAGUAUGUUUCCCGUCUGAGCCAGGGAACGGAUACGUAACAGAAACAAUUCAUUAAUGAGGAAUUCCUUUCACCUCAUUUAUGCACUUUAGAUUGAGACCCUCACAAGAAAACAACAACGCUACAGCAGAAUGUAUGAAUGUAGGACUGAAAAGCAGCACUUUUAUAAACUCUGUGACAUUUGAACUACCUGAGGAUUGUUCUCUUCAGCAGAGGAAACUGCUGAAGAUGUUUACUCAGUGUUUCAGUGGAACUUACUGAACAUUUUGUCUGUUUUUUUGUUUACUUUUUGUAUAUAUGUGUGAAUGUAAAUAAUGUUUAAUCUGCUUUGGAUUUUAUUGCCAUUGUUUUGCGAUUAUGUGUAAUCAUGUGAUCAUCUGUCCUCAUACUGCUCACAGAAUAACAACGCUUGGCUAACAUUAGCUACAGGAACUAGUACAGUACUUCUCUAGGAAUAGAUAGUUAGCAAACCUCACUUGACUUUCUUGGUUAUUUUUCUGAGCUCAAAGCACGUGAACACUCCAAGUCAUUACUGCGGACACUUCCACAUGGCUUGAAUGUCGGGUUCUCUCGGCAAACACAAAUGUCUUGUUAGAAUGUCCCCCGAAUGUCAGUAGGUGAAACAUUAAACCAGGACAAAAUGUCCACCAAGCGUGGCCUGAGGCAUUUCAUACUGUAUGAAUCCCAGUUUUUGUUUAGUCGUUCUUGUGAUGUAAAUGUAUUGUUAUAGCUGAACGGUGACAUAACGUCUUGAGAUCUCCAGCUGCAAGUAAAGGGCUGUUUUACCUGCUUUGGGCUAAUCCUGAAAAAUGUCGAAGAACUUGUAGAAGUCAAUGACAAUGUAAUAUGUAUGCGAGUGUGCGUGUGCAUUCGCGUGCCUGUGGAUGUUUGCAUGCAGAGAUCUGUGUUUAAGGACCAGGUGGGGAUAUGCCAAGCCAAAAGGAUGGGAGGAGAGGAGGUUGAUCUGUAAUAGAAUGUAUUGUCUCCUGCCAUUACCGCCUUUCUAUUUAGAAUGAACACACCAACAAUGGAAUUAGCAGUUCUAUCUAGUCCACCAUUAGCAUACGUAUACUGUAGGUAUUACAUGUCUUUGUAAAUGUUAUUGUUUGAAAAGGAGUUCAGGUACAUGAAGAAUUUCAUUCUAUUUAUGGUCUUAUUAUCAAGGUUACUUGUUGUAAAAUAGGGAUGUUGGAUUUGACUGAGUGCCAUAUUGCAUUGUAAUAAAUGUCCAAACUGAGGUGA